ACACAAGAGCGUGCGUUGUUUUCAAGCGAGUAUAGCGAGCGAGUGACCUUGAUUCCUUCGCCAACGUGUUGUGUAGUCGUUCGUUUUGUGGGGGCUCUAAAGCCGAGAGAACUCGACUGACGACUACUACUACCACUAGUAAUUCUCAUUCGCCAGUACGAAUUCAAUCACCGUUCUCGAAACAACUUCGCUAGAGUUUUUUUUUUAACGAGUUUCGUCUUCGAAAGGGUCUUCUUUUUUUAUAUUGUAUUUUUAACAUUUAUUUUUAUUUUUUUUCCUCAAUAAGUGAACAACGACACCAUGAAGCUCCUUUUUAACAUUUAUAUCGUCGUUACGUGCUUCCUUGCAUUUUCCUAUGCAUUUCCCGCGUUCGACACAUCUGAAGAAAGCGACGAGAAAAAAAAUGUCGAUACGGUGCUCGUUCUUCCCGGAUCCGAGAUGGACAUAUUCGGCAGACCACAUAUUCCUGGAUUAUCCGAUUCUUCCGAUUCCGACGAAUCGUGGUCUUUAUUUAGGCCAAGCACCGUUAAUUUCGAUUAUCUAAGACAAUCAUUACAAGAUCUGAUGAACCGACUUAGAAAUCAAAUGGCCAAUAUUGCCUCAAGUUUCCCGUUAAAUACUGGAUUUGUAACACGCUGGAAUAAAAUUCCUGAAGGAGCAAAUACUACUUCUACUACCAAAAUCAUCAAUGGGCACGUCGUGACGAUCAACGAAACGAUUUACAGCGAUGGUAACGACACCGAAGGAACGGUCAUUCGUGUACGUGUCAUCGACGUUAAACCUCAAAACGGAACGAUGAUUCUUCCAGAAAACGAAAAUGGAACGAUAAUUCCAACGUCUACGAUUAUUCCUACGGAAAAUGGUACGACGCCACAACGAAGCGUUGAAACCGUAGAGGAGUUCGAUAACGAGAUACCUAAUCAAGGAGACGUCUUGAAUGCUUAAAC